UUGAAGAAAUAGGUUUUGUUCUAUUUCUGAAGGUCAUUGUCAUGAAUUUUUAGUUCGCUGUAGUACAGUUUAUUUACUUGUGGUUGGCAAAACGCAAGUAUUGGUACAAGUGUAAAAACAAACUUGUAACCUCAAUUCUUUCCCGUACUUUAUUUAUUUAUUUAAAAAUGUGGAACCAAGACCACACAAAAACACUCAUACAAUUGUAUGAACAACAUGAAUGUUUAUAUUUAAUUAGCAGUGUGCACUAUAAAAACAAAACAAAGCGCAGAAUGGCCCUGGAAGAAAUUACUACAAAUUUCAAUAAUUUGUGUAAUACAGACGUGACAUGGGAUGUAAUACAAAAAAAAAUAAAUGGGCUACGAACAACUUACACCAGUGAACUUAAUAAGUUAAAAAAAAGCGAACAUUCAGGUGCAGGAUUAGACGAUGUGUAUGUAUCGACAUGGUGGUGUUUCGAAUUAUUGAAUUUCUUACACCAUCGGCAAGCACCUCACAAUGCCACGAAAAAUGUUUCAUCAAUCAAUCAUGCGGCACAAGGGCAAGCUGUAGAAGUUUACCAAGGAGAUGUCGACUCUGAAAAGGACGAAUUAAUUUACGAGGGCACAAUAGAUGACAUGGGGAAUUUUAAUGUUGGUACACCGCAUGACGAUUUAAAUAGUCAAUCUCCAAUUACUGUAACACCCAUUUCUCAAAAGUCAACAAAAAAACGCAAAAGAGAAUCUGCAACAGGAGAUAUACAAUAUGAAUUAUUAAAAGCUUCCACGUCGGCAUUAACUAAUAUUAGUGGGGCUGUAAGUAAAUCCGAGAAUGAUCCAACCAAAAACUUUUGUAAAAAUAUUGAAUCAGAAAUACGGAUGAUAACGGAUCGUAACAUCCUAAGAGAAGUAAAGAGACAGAUAAUGAUGCUCAUUUACGAUGCGCAAGAAAAGGAAAAUUGA